AUGAAAACUUAUAUAUUUAGAUUGAAAGUUGAUAAUGCUUAAGAUCUUAAUGAUUCAAAGUUGUUAUGGUAAAACCAAGACAGCAAUACAAUUAACAUAGCUAAAUUAUAGUCUGUUUAUGACUAAGUAGUUUUUUUUUAAAUAAAGACAAAACCAAAUACAAUAAAGUAUUGGUAUAAGAAUUCUUAAUAAGAAGAGGAACAAUAGAGAAGAAAAAUUAAUUUAAAGGAUGGUCAUUAAAUCUAAAUUGAUAAAUUUAAUUGUUAUAAUGUAGUCUUAAAAUCCGAUAUUAAAUCGUAGGAUCAUUUACAAUAUACAUUUAUGUACUAAUAAAAUGAAUAGAGACGGAAAAUACUAUCUUUUAAUAAACAGAAUUUUAUUCAUGUACCUAAUUAAAAUAAAAAUCCUCAAUUUUUAGUUGAACAUUAAUAAUAAGAUUAAAAUUAUAUAGAAGUUUUAUUUGAUGUACUUUUAUCAAACAUACCUUAACUUGGAAACUCAAUUUUAUUGUAAAUCAAAGAAAAUGAUUUAGAAUAUUGUUUAUUUUAUGACUUUAGUCUAUAUAAAUCAGAAUAAAAUAUUUAAUUCAAAAUAUUAUAUAGGAAAUUAAUUGGGUCUGAUGAUAUCAUUUUUUAUAAAUAUUAAACUUUUGCAUAAGAAGUUGAAAAGCAAUCAACUAGAUUGGAUGAUCUUAUCUAAAAGUCUUAAAUAUUAGACGAAAAUGUAAAAUCUGUUAAUGAAUUAAAUUCUUAAUUCACAUAGAUUGGCAACUUUUUUUCAGUAAUUUACUAAUCAACGUAACAAACAAUAGAGUCAUAAAAUAUAUUUUCAACAUAAAUUAUAUAAAACUCAAGAAAAAAGUAAGAAUAGCAGUUUUGUCGAACCUAACAAAUAAAUAAAUAUGAUAAUGAAAAGAAAUAAAAUCUCUAACAAUAAUAAAAUAACUAAAUUAAAAAGGAUAUAGAAUUUAAUAAAAUUAAAGAAAAUUUCAAAACUUAGUAACAAGAUUUUCACCAAAGUGAUGAUGAAAAAUUAGAGUCUACAGCUCAGUUGUAACCAAUUAUCAUCGAUACUAAUAUGGAUAAACAAGACUAUCAGAAAUUAAUUUUAAAAAUAUAAGAAUAAGAUCAAAUGAUCAAAAGUUUAAAACAAGAUUACAACCAAUAAAUAUCCAAAUUAAUGUUAUCAAUUACAGAUUUGAACCUUUAAUUGAAAAAAGAAAAAGAAGAGAUUGAACAAUUAAAAUAAAAUAAUAGCUUAAAAUUUAUUUAGAAUUAUAGAAAUCGAAGACUCAAUACUAGUUAAUAUUUAUCUAAAUUAUAAUCUAAGUCAACAGUUUAAUUUAUGAACCUUAAUCCUGUUAUUUAGUAAGCAAAGAUUGAAAAUUUUAAAGAAUGUUAAUCAUUUAGAUAAACAAAUAAAAGUCUAAUUUAGAUUGAUUAAAAUUAAAAUAAUUAAAAAAAAAACAAAAUUAUAAUUAAGGAAGUGAAUAAUCAUAAUCAAUAAUUUAAAACUGAAAUUUGA